CAGUCAUCCUACUCCCUUCAAAUUCCCCUUCUUAAAAACCUCCAACACUGCCGAUUCUCCUCUCUGAACACAGAACCGUUGAAUCCUUUCACUGAACCCACACCGUUGAAUCCCUCAAUCUCGUCCCUCAGCUUCUCCUAACCCAGAUCUGGGCAUAAGUGUGGGCGAGAUGAAGUAGUGGUGAUUCAGCGGACUUGGGUCUCUAUGCGGUGGUGGUUCGGCGCGGCGCGGCGUGAUUUGCACGAUGCUGGCACUGGUCUGGUCGUGCGAUUCACAGCGGAGGGGCGUUGCUUUCGUUGCUUUCACUGGGUUUAGUUUGCUGUUACUGUGGUUGUGGCUUCUUUUCACUGGGUUUAAUUUAUUGUGGUUGUGGCUUUAUAUUGUUGUGGCUUCUUUUCACAGUGGAUUCAUUUUCUGCAGCAUGCUUAUAUAGGAGGUCAAAAUUGUAGGUUCAAAUUGCAGAAGAACUUUUGGAUUCUAUCCAAUUCAAGAGUUGGAUUUGGUUGAGUGCUAAAACUCCAGGGUUCCCGUAUUCUCAAUUGAUCUCCAAUCCUAUGCAUUUCCUGAAUUGUAUCUAAUAUGGACAGAUUUGAAGCCUUGAGGGUUGAGUUUGUUACUACAGCUACGGGGUUCUUUUUGAUUUCAUAUUCAUGUAGCUCUAUAUCUGGUCUGUCUCGUUUUAAUUUAUUUUUGCUGGUUAUUGUCAAAAGAAUAAGUUUGUUGUGGCUGGCAAAGAAAUAGCAUUGUUGAAGACCAGCCAUGGAAGAAUGAAUCCAAGUGUGUGAUCUGGGUUUUAUGGGCAAGGUGAUGUAUUUGUAGGGAAGAUGAAGAUGUUUUGGAGAGGAAUAUUUUUUUUCUGGGUUUUCUAGGUUGAUGAAGAUGAUGAGGGAGAUGAAGAAGGGGAUAUUUUUCUUGGUUUUUAAGUGUUGUUAAUAUUUUAAUGAAUUAAUUUUUUUGCUCAAUUACAUAUUUACCCUCAGAACGGUUAGUUUUUGGACGGAAAAUUGCUGAGGGACCAAAACUGUUAACAGAGAUAAACGUUGAGGUACCAUUAUGCUAUUUUUAAACGUGGGGGAUUAAUAUUGCACAUUUUUGAAACAUGGGGGACAAAAAGUGCUAUUAAGCCAAAGUAUAUUCAUCCCAAUUUGUAAACAAGAUAAAUCGAUUUUGGAAAUUUUUGAACAUUUACCGAAGCCAAAUUCAGUAGGUAGAAACAUACCUACCUUUUCCUAAUUUCAAUGGAGAGCUGAGAUAGUGAUCAAACACGUUGAGGUCCCACGGCGUGAAUAUAGGAGCAUAGGAAUCAAGAAUUUCUUGAAAAGCUUCACCAUUUUCUUCACGUCAACGUUGAUAGCAAGCCCAUACCUGUGACAAAAAAUGGAGGUGCAACAAUGGUGGAGGCUUAGAUUCUCCUUCAGGAGUGCUACCAUGGUGGUGUGCUUUCUCAACAUAGUCACUGCGAUCUUCUUGCUUCAUGGCUUUCUUGCUUCUUCCUACACUCGCAACAAACUGUCCACCGCAAACUCAAACUCAGCUCAGCUCAGUUACAUCAAGGAAUCUGAAGAGAUUCGUCUUGCCAUGUUACCAUUGGAGCUGAUUAAAAGAGUGAGGGAGAUUGAGCAGGAAGUAUACAGUGAACCAGAAGCAGCCCAGAAAAAAGACGCAAAGAAGACUGCAGCAGUUGAUCUGUCUAAAAGGUUAAAGGACUUGCGUUCCUUGAAUGAUGCUGCCGGUGUAAAAGCUUUGGAGGAAUGGCGUAAAAGGAAGAUGGAGAGGGCUAGACAAAGACAAUUGGAGAAAAAUGGAACGACCUCUUCACAAACUUGACUGGAAAUACUCUCCAAUAUGUGAUUAAGUGAUGGUUGAAAAUUGAAAUGCUAAGUACUAGUCACUACUUACACUGUAUAGCUGAUUUUUGUAGUAACUUGUGCUGUAAAGACAUCUUUCUUGCAAACAGAAUUUGAUUGUGAUUGAUACUAUGUAGCUCAUCUUUUACUUUUAUUUUAUUUAUUUUUUAGCAAAUAGAAACAAAUAAUUUACCA